AUGGUGAAGCGAGGAGAUUCAAGAAUGAACGAAGCACUCCAAAAGCAACAGUUAAUUUCUUACUUCGACCCAGGUUAUGUUAGGCCAAAUGGCGGAAAAGCAAACACUGAAUUAUAUGCGGUUACAUACAAGCUCUGUGCCGCCGCAGAACAACGAGAUCAACCCAAGGCCUUUGGGUAUUCCUCAGAACAAGAAAAAAAAUCUUGGGCAGAAGAUUCCUCGUAUAAAAAUCCACCGAGGGGUUGGACUGGUUGGAUGGCUGCUGGUCGGUUUAGAUCUGUUGUUGGCCGAUUUGCUGAAGAGGUUGGAUUGACUAGAAGAGAGGCUGAAGGGUUGAAUCGACUAGAGGAGAGGCUGUUGACUGAGGGUUGGACCAGUUGGAUCGAGUUGCUGGAGGGGUUGGCGAAAGGUGUUGGCUCGAUGGAGGACUAG